GAACAUUUCCUUCCUUCCACUUUCCCUCUAGUGAUUCAAAUGCUUUCUUCUCCGUGAAAACCCCAUAAACCCUAAUCAAUCAUGUUUUCGUGUGGAACGAAGAAGAACAAUGGUGCUUCGAGGGACCAAGCUCGUGCUUCCUCGGUGCUCGAUUCUCCGGUCACUCCUCCUCUCCGAUCCUCCGCCGUCCCUAACCGCCCACCCACCGGCACCCCCGCUCCCUGGACUCCUCGCUUAUCUGUCCUUGCCAGGGUUCCUCAGGUCAACAGAACUGGAAAAGAGGACAACACAGAUCCAAUUAAACCUGUUUUUGUUGCCGAGUUUCCCCAAGUUGUUCGCGAUGAGCAAGCCGCCUUGCUGCACAAACGCGUUCCCGUUGAAGGCUGCGCGUCUGGUGGGAUUGACAAGAGCACGUCCCUUGCUUGGAUUAUUUCUGGAAACAGGGUUUUCAUUUGGAGUUACUUGUCACCUGCGUCCUCCAUGAAAUGUGUUGUUCUUGAGAUUCCUUUUAAUGAUGGGGAUGUUGGCAAACAUGAGGCUGGUAGUUGGUUGCUCUGUGUUGUUAAUUAUGAUGGCGCCUCUUCAGGGGCGAAUAAAGUUGCAAAACAUUGCAACUCCGCAGCUGUUGUUUUGUGUAAUCGAAAGACACGGGCUGUUGUGUACUGGCCUGACAUCUAUUCUCAAUCACGCAAUGCUCCAGUCACUAAUCUUGUGUCUUCUGAUGAGUUUGUGACUAGUUUGGUUUCUGAUGGGAAAACAUUCUCCAACUGGCUGCGGCGACCGAGUAGUUUGAAUGAAUUGCACAUGUUUAACUCUAUGAUUGCUUCUGCAGUUCCUGGAUGUGACUUUGUAUGUGUGGCCUUUGCUUGUAGCUCAAGUGGUAAACUCUGGCAGUUUAAAUGCAGUCCUUCUGGCAUUCAUCGAACAGAAGUGUGUGAAAGUAGUAUGCAUUUGCCUCCUGAAGGGGGUGAUUCGGGUCAGCUCGAGGGCAACAAAGGGUACCCAAGGUCGCUGACGUGGUGUUUUCCCCAUCAUUCCACAAAGGAAUCAAAUCGCCAAUUUUUGGUUUUGACAGAUCAUGAGAUAAAGUGUUUUGGAGUUGAGUUCAGUUCUGAUAUACAUGUUUCAAUGCUUUGGUCUCAGGUAAUUGUUGGAACAGAUCCUGAGUUAGGCAUUAAGAAGGAUCUGGCUGGUCAAAAGGGAAUUUGGCCUCUUGAUGUGCAGGUAGAUGAUUAUGGUAAAGUGAUUACCAUUCUUUUUGCAACUUUUUGUAAGGAUCGGAUUAGCAGUUCAAGCUACAUGCAGUAUUCUCUUCUGACCAUGCAAUAUAAAUCAGGAUUGGAUGUGGGAACUACAAAUGACAAGAUUUUGGAGAAAAAAGCUCCUAUUGAGGUGAUUAUCCCAAAAGCUAGAGUUGAAGCUGAAGAUUUCUUGUUUUCCAUGCGGCUUCGAAUAGGGGGCAAGCCGUCAGGAUCUACAGUCAUAAUAUCUGGGGAUGGAACAGCCACUGUCUCCCAUUAUUAUAGAAAUGCUACACGACUCUAUCAAUUUGAUUUACCCUAUGACGCUGGAAAAGUACUAGAUGCUUCAAUUCUUCCAUCUGCAGAUGAUCAUGCAGAAGGUGCAUGGGUUGUAUUAACAGAGAAAGCAGGAAUGUGGGCAAUACCAGAGAAGGCUGUCAUACUUGGAGGGGUUGAACCACCUGAGCGGAGCUUAUCACGCAAAGGCAGCUCAAACGAAAGAUCUGCACAAGAAGAGAUAAGAAAUCUUACAUUUGCAGGCAACUUUGCUCCUAGAAGGGCUAGCUCUGAAGCAUGGGGAACUGGAGAUAGACAAAGGGCGGUUUUGAGUGGGAUUGCACGUCGGACUGCACAAGAUGAAGAAUCAGAAGCUUUAUUGAAUCAGCUUUUUAAUGAAUUUUUAUCCUCUGGACAAGUUGACAGGUCUCUUGAAAAGCUAGAAACUUCUGGUUCAUUUGAAAGGGAUGGAGAAAUUAAUGUUUUUGUGAGGAUGAGCAAAUCAAUCAUUGAUACCUUAGCUAAGCAUUGGACAACAACCAGAGGUGCAGAGAUUUUGGCCAUGGCUUAUGUUUCCACCCAACUCUUGGAAAAGCAGCAGAAGCAUCAAAAGUUCCUGCACUUUCUUGCCUUAUCCAAAUGCCAUGAGGAGCUGUGUUCUAGGCAGAGACAUGCCUUGCAACUUAUCUUGGAGCAUGGUGAAAAGUUAUCUGCAAUGAUUCAGCUGAGGGAACUGCAAAAUCUGAUUAGCCAGAACCGAUCCACAGGUGUUGGCUCCUCGAAUUCUAGUUUAGAUAUUCAGUUGGCAGGUGCUCUUUGGGACAUGAUACAAUUAGUUGGUGAUAGAGCUCGCCGGAAUACUGUCCUUCUGAUGGAUAGAGAUAAUGCUGAAGUGUUCUACAGUAAGGUUUCAGAUCUUGAAAAUUUCUUUUACUGCUUAGAUGCAGAGUUAGAGUAUGUUAUAAGACCAGAGCACCCAUCUGGGAUCCAGAUCCAGAGAACAUGUGAACUCUCAAAUGCUUGUGUUACUAUAAUUAGGACAUGCUUUGACUAUAAGAAUGAGAACCAAUUAUGGUAUCCACCUCCUGAAGGUUUAACACCUUGGUAUUGUCAACCUGCUGUGCGUAAGGGGAUUUGGAGUGUUGCUUCUGUCCUGCUUCAGUUGUUGAAUGAAACAUCUGGGCUUGAUAAAACAGCAAAAUUAAAUUUGUACAAUCAUCUAGAAGCUGUAGCCGAAGUUCUCCUUGAGGCAUAUUCUGGUGCUGUUACUGCUAAAAUUGAGCGUGAAGAAGAACACAAAGGUCUACUGGAUGAAUAUUGGAAGAGGCGAGAUGCUCUUCUUGAAACUCUCCAUCAACAAAUUAAAGAAUUUGAAGCUACUCAUAAGGAUUCAAUUGAAGGAGCUGAAGAGCAGAAUGAUGAAGCCAUUAUGAAGCUUACUUCACGUCUGUUAUCAAUUGCUAAACAACAUGGAUGCUACAAAGUUAUGUGGACAGUUUGUUGUGAUGUAAAUGACUCGGAAUUACUGAGAAAUAUUAUGCGUGAAAGUUUGGGACCUGAUGGGGGAUUCAGUUACUAUGUCUUUGAGAAACUUCAUGAGAACAGACAAUUCUCUGAGCUUUUGAAGCUAGGGGAAGAGUUUCCAGAAGAGUUGUCCAUUUUCCUGAAAGAGCAUCCAAAUCUUCUUUGGCUUCAUGAUUUGUUCCUUCAUCAAUUUUCUUCCGCUUCGGAAACACUUCAUGCUUUGGCUCUCACACAAAACAUACAGUCUACCACAGCUGCAGAAGAAGAACAGGCGUAUAUGAAGUCAAAACUAAAAUUGUCUGACAGAAAGAAUCUUUUAUAUCUCUCUAAGAUAGCUGCAUUUGCAGCUGGUAGAGAUGCUGGAACUCAGGUGAAGGUGGACCGCAUUGAGGCUGAUUUAAAGAUUCUGAAAUUGCAGGAAGAAGUAAUGAAGCGUCUUCCUUCUGUUGAAGAUAAGCAACUUAUUGAAGAUCAGCUGCUUCAUCCAGAAGACUUGAUUAAACUGUGCCUAGAGGGUGAAGAUGGAGAGCUCUCAUUGUGGACCUUCGACGUGUUUGCAUGGACCAGUUCCUCGUUUCGCAAGACCCACAGAAAACUUUUGGAGGAUUGCUGGAAGAAGGCUUCCAGUCAGGAUGAUUGGAGCAAGUUCCAUGAUUCAUGCAUGGUUGAAGGAUGGAGUGACGAGGAAACCCUACAAAACCUGAAGAACACUGUACUUUUCCAAGCUUCAAGCAGGUGCUAUGGACCCCGAAGUGAAAGCUUUGAAGAAGGUUUUGAUCAAGUAUUACCCUUGAGACAAGAGAACAUGGAGACUUCUAUGUUGGGGGAUAUGAGUUCUUCAGUUGAAACAAUACUGAUGCAGCACAAGGAUUUUCCAGUUGCAGGCAAGCUUAUGCUAAUGGCAGUCAUGUUAGGUAGUGAUCAUGAUGGUGAUAUCGGAGUCGAAGAAGGGCCUUCUCCCAUGGAAUAGAUAGCAUGUCUUUGAUCGGCUUUUAUUUGCUCAGAAUUAAUUCUGACACCUAGAAGCAAUUCACACAAGCUUUUCUCCAAAAUUGAUUUUAAAGUUAAAAUCAAUUGUAGGAAGAUUUUCAAACAGGCAUAGAGUGACAUAACUAUUACUGUAAUACAAGUUGGCGCAGGUUUUGUCCUAUCAUGGCAUGUGAAAUGCAGUUCUUGUGUCAUUCUACUAUCUUGUUGCAUUUCAAUUGCAUUAACACUUUAUCCCUGGAGGAAGGAUAAUGGUAAAGGUUGCUCGAUAGAAGUUAUGGUACAUAAAGUAUAAUAACUACAACUAUCCCAGUGUGAAAAGAGAUUAUGUUUACUAUGAAAAUAGAAAUGUUUCUUGUGCACCA